UCGUCUUCAGCUGUUUUCAGUCCUCUCGACUCAUUCCAUUUUCCUGCAUUGUGUUCCUGUCUGAUCUGUUCAAGUUUUGCAUUUCAAAUAAAGAAAUAUAAUACGGAAAAUAAAAAUCAAAGGUUGCUUUCAUCUCCUCUUUCUCGCUCCAGGUUUCGUUUCAUCAUUGUUGGGUUUAACAUCUGAGGAGAAAAGAAACGAGUGAGUGAAAAUCCUAAUCCAAAUCCAAAUUCAGAAAACUGAAAAGUAAUCUACCAACAGAGAUAUGGAUUUGGAUCAGUGGAUAGCCAAGGUGAAGGAAGGGCAACAUCUGUUGGAGGACGAGCUUCAACUUCUUUGCGAAUGCGUAAAAGAUAUCCUCAUCGAGGAGUCCAAUGUACAGCCUGUUAACAGUCCAGUCACUGUUUGUGGUGAUAUUCAUGGCCAGUUCCAUGAUCUAAUGAAACUUUUCCAGACUGGAGGUCACGUUCCUGAGACAAAUUACAUUUUUAUGGGAGAUUUUGUUGAUCGAGGUUACAAUAGUCUUGAAGUUUUCACUAUUCUUUUGCUUCUUAAAGCAAGAUAUCCAGCUAAUAUCACACUUUUGCGAGGAAAUCAUGAAAGCCGGCAACUAACUCAGGUGUAUGGCUUCUAUGAUGAGUGCCAAAGGAAGUACGGCAAUGCCAAUGCAUGGCGGUAUUGUACUGAUGUUUUUGAUUAUCUAACACUCUCAGCAAUCAUAGAUGGCACUGUGCUUUGUGUCCACGGUGGCCUUUCUCCUGACAUCCGCACAACUGAUCAGAUAAGAGUAAUCGAACGCAAUUGUGAAAUUCCACAUGAAGGGGCAUUCUGUGAUCUAAUGUGGAGUGAUCCUGAAGAUAUUGAAACAUGGGCAGUUAGUCCCCGAGGAGCAGGUUGGCUAUUUGGAUCCAGAGUUACUUCUGAGUUCAAUCACAUUAACAGUCUUGGUCUGGUUUGCCGAGCACACCAACUGGUACAAGAAGGUCUAAAGUACAUGUUUCAAGAUAAAGGCUUAGUAACUGUUUGGUCUGCACCAAAUUACUGUUAUCGUUGUGGUAAUGUUGCUUCUAUAUUGUGCUUCAAUGAGAACAUGGAGAGAGAAGUGAAAUUUUUCACCCAAACUGAGGAGAACAACCAGAUGAGAGGACCCAGGACAGGAGUUCCUUAUUUCUUAUGAUGAGGGAUUCAUUUGCCUUCGUACUUGUAAAAUUGCUGUAGCGCGAAUGCUUAUUGUUGGAAGGAGUUGUAAGGGAAAAGCUGGGAGAACACGUCCUUCUUUGACAUGUUCUGCAGGUGGACCUUGCAUUUGCCUGGUUUGGCAUUUUCCAUCCACUUUAGGUUGCUUUUGGGAUUUGUGGCAUGUGUAUUAUGGUUUCCAAUUAUAUCAUGGCUUUCUUUUUUCCUUUUAUUUAAGUUCUAUCGAAGUCGCUUAUCAUAUCCCAUGCCUUCGAAUUAAAUGUGUAUUAGUCUUCUGUGUUAAUUAGUAUCCGCAAUAGUUGAUUUUUCAUUCCAAUGUUUCUUGCA